AUGGAGGUCUACCAAAUUCCAGACCUCACAAAAUGUCGCUUAUUGGACGCUACCCUCAGGGAUGACGCUCACCACUGGUUCAAGAGGCUUCCUUCUAAUUCUAUCAGCUCUUGGAGGAAAUUGAGUGAGCUGUUUGUAGGACAAUUCAGGGCUUCCGUUACUUAUGCCCCACCUGCCAACACUCUAGCUAAUAUUAAGCAAAAGGAACACGAAACGUUAAGAGAGUACUUCAAACGCUUCAACUCAGAGGUACCCCGUGUCAGGCCAACAUCGAAAGAAACCCUGAAGAAUUUCUUGAUAGCAGGGGUAAGGCCUGGUACAGACUUCUGGAAAGAGUUGCAAGGAUGGGAGCCUGAAACCCUAGCUGACUUCUUUGCUAGGGCGGAACCCCAUAAGGUGAUUGAGGAAUCCCUAGCUAAGUUGAAGAAGGAGUCGAAGUCUGAAAGCCGUAGCAGCUGGAAGAAUAAGAGGGAUAGGUCUUAUAGCCAGAAAGAAGGAACACCUAUAAGAGGAAUCCUUACAACAGGAUACCUGACGGAGUUUGUAGCCCAAGAGGCUAAAAAGUAUAAGGAGAAGAAGGCUGAAAGAACAAAUAACCAGGAAGCCAACCGUAACACCCGAGCUGGCAGUGUACGAAUGAUCAUCGGACGACCCUUCGUGGGAGGCCAUGGGCGCAGUGCUAUGAAAAGAUAUAUACGGGAAGCCCGAGGGCCGCCCUUAACCAAUGUGUGCCAUCUGUCUGAAAGGCCUCCCAAAAUGUUCAAAGGGGAGACCAUAGACAUUACCUUUACUGAGGAGGAUGCACGCACGGUACACCAUCCUCAUAGCGAUGCCCCAGUGGUAACAGCCAUGAUCGGAAAUGUCAAUGUACACAGGCUUCUUGUCGACAACGGAAGCUCUGUCAAUAUCUUGGCCUAUAGUGCAUACCAGAGAAUAAAAAUGGCAGAUAGAGAUAUGAGCAAGAAAAUGAGUGCGAGGCACCUUGUGACUUCAACAGUGCUAUGGUAA